UCAUUAACAGCCUCAUAUUGAAUCUUGGUCAGAACAUAUUAUAAAUGAAUUGUACACCAUAUAUUUCAAUUAUCAUUGGUCCUGUUGGUCGAUGCACAAUGGUUAUUACAGAAAAAAUACAGUGGCUUCAUGCAUCACAGAAGAAGCGAAACCUGAUUAGCGGCUGGAAUUCAGUGCUCUAGUUCCUAUCAGGCAUGAGGAAAUCUUAUUGUACACAGGAAUGACUGCAGGAGGAAGUAAAUAUUACCAGUAAAUGCCCCGGUCGUGGCAUUCAGCUGUUGCCCUUGAAAUGUUGCACUUGCUCUUUCUGUUUUGCAGCUUAGACAUUUUCUGGGGUUUUUCAAGAGCUCAAGGUGUUAAGCAUUUAAUGCGUCAGCUGACGUACUGUCACAUAGAGAUGAUGGACGCUGGUUUUGAGCUGGAGUUUGAUGGUGAGGAGCUCUGGCAUGUCGACCCUAUAGAUUACACAGCAAAGCAGCGUCUGCCCGAGUUCGUCGACGACUGGACCCUCGACCGCAAUCUGCCUUCUCUAGCGCAUUACUCCAUCGGCACCUGCUUCUACAAUAUUCCUCGCUGCAUCACAGGAGAAAAAAAUCCCCCCGAAUCCAUCGUUCCUCCGUCCACGCAGCUGUACGCCAAGAGCGACGUGAAGCUCGGCGUCGAAAACACUCUCAUCUGCUCGGUGAGCGACUUCCACCCGCCGCCGGUCAACAUCUCGUGGACGAGGAACGGAGAGCCGGUGAAGGAGCAGGACGUCAGCGAGACGCAGUACUACUCCAACCCGGACUUCAGCUUUCGUCUUUUCUCUUACCUGAGCUUCCGUCCCGAGCGGGGGGACGUCUACACCUGCAGCGUGAGACACCGAGGACUGGAGCGGGACAUCACCAGGUUCUGGGAGGUGGAGGUGCCGGAAGACUCUCAGGAGGUUGAGACAGCCGUGCUUGUGAUCGGAAUUCUUGUGGGAUUUUUGGGAUUUGUGGUGGGAAUCAUUAUAAUCGUAAUGAGCAAGAUGGAGCUGCGCGCUGUAUGAUCUCUCACAAUCUCACCUGAAACUCUGACAGCCUUCUAUUCUUCUAGCACAAGCUCUGUAAAUCAUGUGUUUAUUCAGAUUUUUUUAAUUAAUAAACGUUACUAUUUAUUUAA